GUCGCUUUCUAUGAGCUUUUCUAGGGCUCCAUCUCCUCUCACCGAAGAUCGAAGCCAUGCCGAAAGGAUCAUUUGAAGUGCUGUCAAGGGUUGGAAGAAAGAGAACUUGAUCUAAACAUGCUCCCUCAUGCUCUUUACUGUGACCAGAAUUGCAUAGAGGUUUCUGUGGAAUUGGAGAAAACAUUGUUAGGAUUAAAGAAUGAAUUGGAAGAAGGGUAUUCAUGGACAUUACUCCGUCAGUUAGAUCAUCAGCACGGUGUGUACAUAGAUGAAGAUUAUGAAAUAACAAUUUGUCACUCCAAGCUCGCUGUUGCCUGGAGAUUAAUGGAGGAUUCUUUCGGACAAGUCAUUGAUAGCUACACAAAAAUUAACGUUAUCAAAAACGUCAUUUACAACUGUGGUUCAAAUUUCAAUAGAAUUGACUUCAAAGGCUUCUACACCGCUGUCUUAGAAACAAAUGGGGAAAUAGUUUGUGUUGCAGCUCUAAGGUACUUUGCUACCUUAAUAUAGAGAAACUAAUCAUUCCAUCUGCACCAGAAAAGACAGAAAGUUGGAAGAAAAAGUAUGGAUUUAUUGUAUUAGAUGAUGAAACAAAGAAACAUCUAAUAAACUACAAUGCAUUGAUGUUUCAUGACGCUAUUAAACUACAAAAGAUCCUCCUUCCUUGCAACAAAUGACUAAGCUACUACUGCUGGUUUCACGGCUGCAGUGGCUAAGGCAGAGUAUGGGUCGUGUUUAUUUGACCUGCAUGGGGUGUUUGUGGCAGCAACUAAUGGACCAUUAUUGGACUGUGUAUAUAAUUCUCUUCUAGCGCGGUAAGGAAGCACUUUCCUAGACCAAAGCUUGAACUGUGGAGGUGAUACGAAUGAUUUCUGAUUGUCUUAAUUUAGUUCGUGCUAGCUUUAAAAGGGGAUUGUAUUGAUAGAACUUAUGUUGGCUCUGUUAUUCAUUCUUGUCUUUCUUUACGUAAUUCUUUUGUUUCUUUAGAGUUUUGUCAUAUUAGUUGUUUUGUGAAUUGGUUGCCCAUGUUUUGGCAAAAACAGUUAGUGAUCAGUCUGAGUCUAUGUACUGGGAGGUUCUCCCCCAUCUUUUAUUUCAGUGUUGCUUUAAUAUGAAGUUUGA